GCUUUUUUUGAAGAGGGAAUGUGGCUGCGGUAUAACUUCCAAGCAGCAGGGGCCAAGGAUGCCGCCAGUCGAAGCGGGAACUCUCCUGACUCCCAGAACUCUACACCAGACCUGGACAAGGAAGAACUCAGUUUUAGCUUCAGCACCACCAAGGCUCCCUGCAUCCUCCUCUAUGUCAGUUCUCACACCACAGACUUCCUGGCAGUUCUGGUUAAACCCUCAGGAAACUUACAGAUUCGAUACAACCUGGGAGGCACCAGAGAGCCAUAUAAUAUUGAUGUAGACCACCGAAACAUGGCAAAUGGACAGCCUCACAGUGUUAACAUCACCCGUAAUGAAAAGGACAUAAUUCUCCAGCUUGAUCAUUACUCUCCAGUGAGCUACAGCCUGCCAAGUUCAUCCGACACGCUGUUCAAUUCUCCUAAGUCUCUCUUUCUAGGAAAAGUGAUAGAAACAGGGAAGAUCGAUCAAGAAAUACACAAGUACAACACACCAGGAUUCACUGGGUGUCUCUCCAGAGUACAGUUCAACCAAAUUGCUCCUCUCAAGGCAGCCUUGAGGCCAACAAACGCCUCUUCUCAAGUCCAUAUUCAAGGGGAGCUGGUGGAGUCCAACUGCGGAGCUUCCCCGCUGACCAUCCCACCCAUGUCUGCUGCCACUGAUCCUUGGCACUUAGAUUCAGCCAGUGCUGACUUUCCGUACAAUGCAGGACAAGCUAUAAGAGAUGGAGUUAACAGAAAUUCGGCAAUUAUUGGAGGGGUCAUUGCUGUGGUGAUCUUCACCAUCCUCUGCACCUUGGUGUUCCUCAUUCGCUACAUGUUCCGUCACAAGGGCACCUACCACACCAAUGAAGCCAAGGGAGCAGAGUCUGCUGAGAGCGCCGAUGCCGCCAUCAUGAACCAUGACCCAAACUUCACGGAGACCAUUGAUGAGAGCAAAAAAGAGUGGCUUAUCUGAAGGAGAGAGCUAGGGCUUGGCAAUGGGGUGGGGGGAGGAGGGGAGAGGGAAGGAAAGCGGGGCUAAGCAGGGAAGAGGGCACAAGGGGGACCUCAAAGAAGGGGGAAAGCACUCUGCUUCAGACUCUUGAGCACAUCUUUAAAAGAUCAGCACAACUCGGGGAAGCAAGGGACAGACAGAAUCCUUGGGACUGGAAAACAAAAAGGUGUUUAAACAUGAGAACUUUUUAAUAUUCAUUCACAGAUCUGUCUCUCCUUCUGUAUCCAAACAAAACAAUGAGAAGAAAAUGCUUUUAGAGUUUCCACAUGGUUAAAAUCUGUCAGUAAUACCUGUCUUUUUUUGUGUGUGUUUAGAGGUGUUCUAAAUACCCAUGGCAACAGGGCCCAUUUUCUACAUUUUUAGGAGCCCUUAGAAUUUGGAUAUUUCUGUCUUGAGAACUACUGACAAAUAUAUAUACAUAUAUGGCCUCCAAUGAAUCUUUUUUCAUAUUUAGUCAAUUCUUAAUGGGUUAUUGUUGUAUCUAGAGCUUGUUUACAUCACAUUUCAUUUGGCGUCUUGUAAAUUGGGAGUUGGGAGGAGAACAAAGGGGCAUAGGGAAACAACUCACUUUUUGCCAGUGUCCACAGGUUCAUGUACCUGUGCCCACACUUUGAGGGCUGUCAUGUGACACAGGCUGUUGAAGGACAAGACUGUACAACUUAGCAGUGAUGUAAAACCGCGUCGUCAUUGUUACCACUGUUGGGGGGAGGGAAGUAUUCUGAACUAUGAGAAGUGAUUUUGAUUUUUUCAUUAAGCACUGAGAAAUAAUAUUGUUCCAAGUACAUAGUCUUAGCUCUAUUCUGUUUCUCUCUCUUUGGCUAUGAUGUCACUUAUGAAUUUAUGCUCCACUCUUCCUGUGAUACAUUGGCAUAUUCUGUAUGUAGGCAUAAGCAUCAUAGUAGGGAAUUAGAGCCAGAUGCUGUGGUUUGUUUGCUUCUAUUUCUUUUAUAGAUGGUAGUAAAAGUAGCAAUCCUGUCAUGUUGCCUAGUGAAUGCGUAGAGUAGGUCACUGUCCUUAACAGGCCCUUCCUCUUUUGAAGCCAACAAACACCUGCCCAAAUGGCUAUGCCCUUCCAAUACUCAUCCUACUGGAUCCUGGUUCCUUUUUGCUAUGAGGGUGAGCCAAUCAUUGAAGUGAAUUAAAAAUUCUGUGUUUCAGAAGUAUGAACAAAUACAUGGCCAGCUCUCUCUUGCAGAAAAGGUGAGCACUGGGUUUCAUGGUAAGGAAGAUGUGGUGAGUGUGUUUGGGAUUAAAACGAUGUCUAUGAAAAUUCACUUCAGUUAUUGACUCACGUCCAUACAUAAGAAUCAUUUGGAAAACACCAUCUUCUUUUUAAAGUCAUCCAAGCAAUCUUCCGGCCAAAGCAAACACACUGCCCAGUAAGUAAUUCAGGAAUUACACAGGCUCAAAUACAAUUGAACCUUGCAUUUGUCACAAACAUAAUAGCUAGGAGUUCCCAUCCAUAGACUCAGUGGAUAAUUAUUUGGAAUGUGGCAUGAAAGCUAGUUGAUGACAAGAAGAGAUGUGAUUGCCUAGAACUAGUUUCCUUCUGCCUAAUAAAAUUAACCUUUCAUAGAAGUUUUAUAGCAAACUAUAAUUACAUAUUUUGACUAAGACAUUUACCAUGCAUCCAAAAGGUUGGCAUAGAGAUUAUUUCCAGAAUUACAUCCCAACAUCUAGGAUCAUUGUGAAGUAGCCCUCUCCCACAUAGCCUCUGCUAAUGACAUACACUUCAAAUAUGAAUCACUUAGCCAGACCUGUUAACUCUUUGGCUCUCUUUCCUAAAAGGGGAUGUAAAAAGGUAGAGAAGUAAGGACACUGCUGUUCUGUUGGAUGCUAUUCAAAAAAAUGCGUAUUGAAAUGUAUUCAGAAAUGGUUCCAUGACAACUUUUUCAGACUACUGGUGCGCUCAUGGUGGUUGGAUUCAUUUUAUCCAGAGAUGAUGAUCUAAGGUGAAGGAUAGCACAUUACAAGAAUAUAUGUGCUAUAUACUAAAUGUUGCAUUUCAAGUAAUUAAGUAUUAGAAUGUAACCACUAAGAGUUGAUGUGGACUAUAAAUCUGAAGAAACAUUGAAUGAAGAGAGAUUUUUUUUAAAGGGAAUAUUUUUAUUUCAGGUUGCUUCCCUAAACAACUUGCUUCCCUGUCAAGUCUGUCAACUAAGAUUUAGCAUUAUUCACAUAAGAUCAUAUAAGUACAAUGCAACAAGAAUGACUAUUUUUCAGUACUCUAUGAAAAGAACCCAGCAAUUAAAUUCAUCAGUCUCUUUAAAAAGUUCUCUGCCUACUAUUCUCGGCUGCUUCACUGGAUCCCUUUAAAUCAUGAAAACCACAUUUUUUAAAAUGAUCUUAAAUCACAGAAGUAUUUUAAAAUCUGACCUAUUUUUAAGGUAUGGUUUUGCUAAUGACAAAUAAUGUCAGAUAAUAUGCCCUAUGUGAAAAGUAUUUCCAGCAUCUCCUUAGCUCUAUUCAUCACACACCUAAUUCUCUGCCUCCUUAGGCUUCUGUCCAAGAGGAUUUGGUUGUAGAAAGGCCCAAACCAGCAAUGAAUAGCAAAAUAAUUUUCUCAUUUCCCUUAACCUCUCCAUAUCUCCUUCUGAUAUCAGCAGGCAGAAAAGAGAAUUCCACCAAUAUCUCCAGAUAUUUUGACCCUGGGGAAUCGCCAUGAAUCUUAAAUGAAUGGGAAAGUUGAAU